AUGCCACAAAUUGAGAAGAAUGCUCUGGUUUUUGGAGCCUCUGGAAUUUCAGGCUGGUCUCUUAUGAAUCAAUGCCUUCAAUAUCCGUCGAAAGAUGCAUUCAAAAGUGUGACAGGCCUGUGCAACAGACCACUAUCGAAGCAAGAUGCCUGUCUCCCUGAUGAUGACCGGCUCAAAAUCAUUUCGGGCGUUGACCUGACACAAUCCGUGGACACGGUCACCGAGCAACUGAAGACGAUUGAAAACAUUGGUUCAAUCAAUAUUGUUUUCUUUUGCGCCUACAUCGACGGUUCAGACUUUGCUUCUCGACGGCAGCUUAACACGUCAAUCCUCCGCGCCAGCAUCGAGAGUCUUGAGAAUGCUGGUGCCAAUCUGGAGACGGUGAUUUUGCAAACCGGUGGAAAGGGCUAUGGUCUGGAAUUCUCCCAGAUACUCGACAUCCGGCCACCUCUGUACGAACAUAUGCCUCGCAUUCCAGAGCCAUGGCGAAGUAACGUCUUCUACUACGAGCAAUACGACACACUCGAAAGACUGUCAGAGGGAGGCCGGAAGUGGUCAUUUUCUGAGAUUCGACCAGACGGGAUCAUCGGGUUUGUCCCAGGCUCGAAUGCCAUGAACCUAGCUCAAGGCAUUGCCAUGUACCUCACGCUUUACAGAGAGGUUAAUGGUCGCGGUGCAAGGGUUCCGUUCCCCGGAACGGCGCAUGGUUAUGCAUCCCAGCACAGUGACACGUUCCAGGACAUUCUUUCCAAAAUGGAGAUCUUCGCUGCGCUGAAUCGCGACCGAUGCACUCAUGGGUCUUCUUUCAACGUUGCGAACGGCGAGACGGUUAGCUGGGCACAGGUUUGGCCUGGUAUUUGCGCAUACUUUGGCCUGGUAGGAGAUGGGCCUGGUGACCAGCUGGUCAUUAUACAGGAUUUCGUGAUGAAGCACCAAGAGCUCUGGGAUCAGCUGGUGGAAUCUCAUGGACUGCGUGCGGGUUCUAUCACGUCUUUCAACUGGCCUUUUAUUCACUUCAUGUUAGUAGAGUUUGAUUUUGAUCGCCAAUAUUCCCUCGACUUGGCUCGUUCGGUUGGAUUCAAGGAGUCUAUCGACACUGUCGAUGGAUACCGCAUUGCCUUUGACAGAAUGGUGAAAGCAAAGCUUAUUCCUUCGUUUUGA